UUGAAAAAUUGUACACACGUCGUGAUAGAGAUAACGUCUCGAUGCGAACUGAUCAACUCCUUGUGAACUCCUUGCGAUCGUUUGAUUUCUCAAAACGUCGAUCUCGCAUUUUGGCGGUAAAAUUUUUAACAACUUUUCAAUUAACAAAAUUUGCAUUUGAUCGGUACAAUUUCUGAAUGGGACGUAAAAUAACGAUAGAUUCGAUGGAUAUUUUUUUUUUUUUUCGAUUUAUCGUUAGAAUCUUGGAGCGCAUAUCGUAUAUCUUUUUACCUUCUUAUUUAUAGCUUUGUCUAAAUUAGAAACAUCGUACGUUUACAGGAUCUUCGGUUUUCUUCGAUUUUUUUUCCCGCUGUCGAUGAUUUGACGAAGUUACAUAAAGUUCGUUAAAAACCAGUCACGUUAAGCGAAACCUUGCGAUGUGAGAUUAUAUUACGACGAAAAAAAUUAUAUAUUGUAGUUAAGUAGUUAUCUUUGUUAAAAAGUUAUCGAAAUAAUCGUUCUUCGAUUAUUAUUAUCACCGUAAAAGGCAUAUUUUUUUAUUAUUUAUUUAUCAUUAUUUAUUUAAAAGCCAUUAUGAAGUCGCGUAAUUUAUUUUUUUUUUUAAUUGCGUAUCGAUACGUUGAAUUACACGUGUAUCUCGGGAAUAGAUACAACAUUUUGUUUUCAUCGACCAGCGACCAUUUCAGAGAAGAGCAUCAUUCUGUUUAUUUGGCAAAGAAUUUGCCGCCGAGAUAGAAACUUAUCGCGACGUUCAUUUACAAUUCGAGAUUACAUCGAGUUACCAAAAUAACGCUUCGAAUCGUUUAUCAAAAAAAGUUCUGAAAACUGUCAAAUGUAUUAUCUCGUACCGUAAACACAAAAUACAUACGCGUAUAUUUAUCCUUAUUCGAUUCGUUCCACACGCUUGUAUCGAUUCAAUUCUCUUAAUUUAUUUUUUUAAAAGAAAAAAAAAUUCUUUUUUUAUCUCUCUUACAUUAUCUUUACAUUAGGCUAAGUAAAUGUUAACAAUCGCGACGAAACAACGAUAAUGACGCGCUAACGAGCGACAAAAACGCUAAAAGCGAAUAAAUCGUACAAUAAUGUUAAUAUAACGAUGUCCCUCAUUUUAUUCCAUUAAUGAAUUUUCCAUCGAGUUGAUAGCUCGAUCGAUGAGCGUAUGUAACUGAUUUAACAAAUUUUAUACAAAUGAAUCACGUUUCGAAGAGAGGAGAGAGAAAUUUCGUGAUUUCAAUGCAGGUUCUCGGUGAUAAAACACGACGUCCACGCGUUGAUGUUACGCAGUUGCCAUUAUUUUAACCGCAACUUUUAAAAAGUCCCCUAAAAUGUAUCUACAAAUUCUCGGUAGAGUUCGGUUUCGCUCAAAAAAUCUCGAAGUUAUGCAGAUUGUACAACGUUUAUCGUGGUGCUUUAUCGGUUGCAUUUUUUUUUCGAAUUUCGAUAUAUUAAUCUAAUUGUAAAAAAAAAAAAUCACGCUAUACGUAUAUUUAUUUCAUCCGUCAUCUAUUCAUCCAUUUCAGAAAUCGUCUCGUUGCUAACUCUAAUUCACUUCCUAGCCGACGAAAUCAAUUAGUGGAACGUUACUAACCGAUUUUAUCGUGGCGUUAAUACAAUCUAAAUUAAAUGAUUUCUUGUGACACUGAAUAAUGAGUAAAACAUUAUAAAAAUAAUUUUGUAUACGAGAAAAAACGUCGAAAUCUUAUUAAAACAUUACGAUCUUGUACGGCAAACCAAAAAUUUAGAAAGUUAGAAAUUUUUCUUGAAGCGUCCAUUUUGUUUUUUUUCUUUUUUUGUAAUUUUACAUAUCUCGACAUCGUUUUUUUUUUUUUUUUUGCGACACGAAUAUCGUUCGUUAUGCACGGUUGCGAUUAGCCAUUGUGGUAAUCGAUUGCGUCAAAAAUGUUUUACAUUCGAGAUUUUGUAAACGCGACAUGAAUUUGAGGAAAGGAAACAUGCGGUGAACGUAGACAAUUCUAAAGAUACUUUGAUCGAGGCUUAAACUCGAAUCACGGUGAAAGUUCUCCGUUUAAAAACAAUUUCACACAAGGGCAUAUCGUGUAUUGCGAACAACUGCGCGCGAAUCGAUCUUAUAUAUCUAUCAUCUAAAGGAUAUAUAUAUAUAAUUUCUUAAAUAAAAAUAAUUUCUUUUUUUAUUUCUAUCCGUUAGAAAUAUUACAAAGUUGUUGGAAAAAAAAAUAAGCUUUUCGUCGCUUGACGUGAAAAUGACAUUUAACCGAUAACUUAUUUCUACUAGUUAUCUAAUAAAGUGAUAACACUAAAUAUACAAAAAAUUAACUAAUAACUAAGGUUAUCCUCGUCUUCCAAUAAAUAUUCUAAUAUAUAGAAUAUAUUUUAUACGAAAUUUAACUAUUUCAGAGAAUAUUUUAAUUCAUUUUCUUCCCUAAUGCAAUCAAAAAAAAUAUUAAAUUUUAAAUAAUAUAAUAAGUAAAAUGAUCGAAUUAUUAUUCAUCUUUGAAAAUUCGAUAAUUACUACCUAUGUUUUCUCUUUUCUGUAUACUCAGUUUUAAGUUUUUCUCUCCUAAAUGUGAAAUUCACGAAUAAACUUAGUGGAAAACAGUUUGCGUUUUUCUAUGUAGCAGCAUCGUUUCAAAUUUUAAAUUUCACGCGGCACACUUUAUCGCUUCCUCGAUACAUUAUCGAUACAUACGAUGUGUUCUACCAAGUUGUUCGUAAAAUGGCCUUCUAAAUUAUUUUUGCAAACAAUCUUGACAACCUUGUAUCACUUCUCGCCUCUCUAUUUCACAUUUGGCAGCUAAUAGAUGAGAGAUUGAUAGGAUAAUAGUAUUAUCCAUCGAAUCGAGUGAAACGAAAUGGAAGCACGAUACGCCGUGUUGUUUCUCAAAAGAGCGAAAGAAGCGCGAAAUCGGCUUAAGUGGACUUUCUUAAGUGGAAGAAAGAAAAAAGUGAACUCGCGAUGUUCUUUAAUUAAUACGCAUCAUUCGCCUAUAAGAAAAAAUCUCAUUGUUUCGUUUAAUCAUUCUGUUGUUGCAUGCGAUUUUCUCAAGCUGUGAAAUGAAGUAUGUAAAAGGGAAUUCAUAAAUGCAAAUAGAGAGAAAGCAAAAAAGAAAGUACAAAGAAGGUUCCUUUUUAAAUAAUUAUCUUAUACAUUGUAUGUUGAUGAACUUUUUCUUCUUAAUUAUUUACCGAUCGGAACGAAAAAAAUUGCCGAUAGAUUUACGAUUGAGGUGAAUUAUCGCGUGGUAAGCAGAAAAUUAUCGAAAUAAAUUAAAUAAUUGUAAAUUAAUAAUCAUAUAUUCUGUUAUAUAAAUUUUUAUAGUUCAAACGUAUGGGUUUUUUUUUCUAAAGGAUAUCUAUUUGUACCUAUAUUCAUAAAUUACUGCAUUCCUGACGCGUUUAAAAAUAGAAAAAGAAUUUAAAAAAUAUACACAUAUGCUUUCAAUGAUAGAUGGAAAGAACAGUUGUCUUGUAACAAUAUUAUUGUCAGCCUUUGUUCAAGGUAGCCAUAUAUCUCGGUAAGAAACAAAGCGGAAAUCUACUAGACGUCGAGCCAAAAAUAUUAUUAGAUAUAAUCUUAUUAACGAGUGAAAAUUAAACAAUUUUUAUAACGCUUAUUUAAGAAUAAUCGUAACGAUAUAAAAUGUUUAUAAAAUUCGAUGUUUCGAAACGCAAUUAAAAUGUUAAAUAAACUUGGAAAAGGUCAUGCAAAUGAUAUACAACAAUCGCGUAAACCAUGAUCUCAAUCGUAAAAAAAAUUGAGAAAUGUUUGAUAAAUAAAUGAUCGGGGGGGAAAGAAAUAAAUAAAGAAAUCGAGUCUGGCGCCACUCGAUAAAGUUUAAUUGUUUUAAGAAGAUGUAAAAAAUUACGAAAAUAAAGAUCGAGAAUGAACGUAAGAAAGAUUAUCAAAACGUUUAAUCAAAAUGUUCGUAAAUACAUACAAAAGUUUGAAUUUUUUAAUAAAAUCCAAGAUAAUAAAAUCACGAACAAGCACGAACAAACUGGGCUACGAUUAUAUCAUAGGCUGCUCGUAUCGAAUCACAUUUUUAUCGAUUAUACGAAUGAGAUUCGAGUAGAGAUUUGUUUAUCCCUUACAUUAAUAUUUUAUAUACUUUUGCAUGUCGUAUGUAUCUCGCAAAUUUGUAAAUAAUUUCGAAAUACUUUUUUUUCUCUCUUUAAUCUUUACAUAAAUAUACACAGUUCGUAUCGAUGACGUAAAAUAUUUUUUUAUAUCAUUUAAAAAGUUUCGAGUAUCAAUGAUGAUAGAUGAGCGGUGAAAUGAUCCUCAUUCGCCACGAUGCUAAUUAUUUUUAGUUACCACUUUCAUGGCGUACCUAGACCCGACAACGUUAUACAGUUAGAAUACCUGUUAGAAUUGUGCGAGCAUAAACCAGGAUAGCGUCGUAGUUCGUCGACAAUUUCGUAGUUGAUGGUUUAAUUAAAUUCGUUGCUAUUUAAUAAACGCGACACGAACUAAACUUUUCCUCCAUUAACGUUAACAUCUUUUAUCACGAUGCCCCCUAUAUUCGUUUGGUGAACUAAUAAAUCGUAGCAACGAAUUUCUCUUUACUCUAUCGACGUAAUAAAAAAAUUGGAAAAAAAGAGAAGAAGGAAAAACAAUACGCAAUAUGAAUCAUACGUGACAACUACGAAAUAACUCAUAAAUUGCUCGAUGUACGUAAAAUAAUUUUAUUACGUAUGUUGCUUCGACAAAGAUUUACAUAGAAAUAAUUUAAGAUAGAAAGAUACGUUCUUUUUGUCAAAAUUUUCGCAACGAAGGAAGUGAAAGUGCUCGAAUUCUUUCGAGUGACCAACUCGGAGAAACCUGUCAAUCUUUCUUAGAAUAAAAGGUAACCAAAGAUGCAUGCCGUAUUUGCGGCCACGAAUUAUAAAAGUUGGUGUUGCAAGCGUUUCGCCGCGAUUCUUCGCCAAUCGAAGAAUAAUAAAACAAUGGUACGUAUGCUGAUGCAUCAUAUAAAUGUUUGCAAAUAACCACGAGCGCGCGUUGAAUCUUGAAAUCAAAUAAAUGCAACGCGAUAAGUUUCCUGUGCGAUCGUACCUAAGAUAUCGUUUUGGGAUACAGCUUUUAUUUAUUUUCUUAUUUAAAAAAAGAGAACAGGAAGUGCUCGAAUAUACCCCGUAUAAUUUGAUUUUUUUUUUUUCUUAGAAGAAAAGAAGUACAGAUAUAAGUUUUAACCCGUGCAAAGAAGCGAAGAAAAAAAUAAGAAUUAUAAUUUUUUGCUUUACGUGAUUACGACGGAAUCGCGACAUUCUUCGUUUACAUGCUUGUCGUAUAACCGGUUAUGUUCACCGGUAGAUCAUUGUCUUAUCAACCACGCUUCGACUUUUGCAUAAAAGCCAGUUACUUUCUACAGGAAGUGAUUGCUCCGUGUAGUACUGGUUCGAGUUCGACCACGUACGACCACGACCGAUAUUAUAAUUACACGUACGUUAUAGUCGAAAUGUUCAAUCGUAAACUUUUAUCGCAUAUUUCGAAGAUUCGAUCAGAAAAAUUAUAUUUCUUAAAAAAGGAAGAUAUUUCAUUUCACACAAUCGUCUCAAGCGACGAUUAAAUAUCUAUUUGUCGCGCGGUUUUAUCGUAUGAAAAAAGACGUAUAAUUCUAUUAGACGAUACUUUACGAUUCUUCUCGCCUCCUCCGAUAUCUCGACUCUUCUUAUGUGUACUUUUUACUUCCGCGACAAGAAUUUGUAGUCACCUUGAAAUCGCAAGGAAUUAUCGUUCGACGGAACCAUCGCUAUCUAGGUGUAUCGAAGGUGGUCGCGCGAAUUUGUAUUCCUCGCCUUAACGCUCUUUCGUUUCCUUAUCCCGUUCAUCCUUCUAGAACAAGGUCGCCCGGUUUACCGAAUUCCCGGCCAAGAGGUCGCUCCACAAAUACGAUUCGAGGCGAAUUAAUUUAAAAAGAAGGCGAAUAACCCGCGCCAGAGAGUUUUCGUUCUUCUGAAGAAAACAACGUUAUUACGCCCACGUCGUCUUUUCAAUAGGAAGAUUAAAGAAACUGCGACGUAACUGCACUUUUCGAGAAUCUCGAACGAUGGUAAGAUUAGGAACGAAAAGUGGAAAAUUGAGGAAGCGCGUUUUAUGAUACGAUGCGAAUUUACCGAAUCGAGCACGAUUUUUACACGCGCAAGAUACUUGCGCAAGUUGCGUAAUUUGCGGAUAUGAGGCGAUCGUGUAAUUUCGAAUAAUUGAUAAUUACGAUUCAUUUAUGUUGCUCGAGAAGAAGACGAUGAUCAGAAGAUUGGAAAGAAUCGAACAACUCGAGUCGAGAGUGGUCGAGGGAAUGGAGAAGUCUGGAAUAAGAUAAAAAUCUGGUGGAAUAUUUAUAAAUUAGAUUUGCUCGCUUCUAUCUACAGAUCGAACAAAUUUCAAUGGAUAUUUAAUUGAAUCUGAAGGGAAAAGUGACUACUAAGAGGCUCGAAGAAGGUCGAGUUUAUUGGAGGACACGUGUAAGGGAUACGACUCGAUUAUUAGCAUUCGAUCCACGCUCUCUUCGUACGAUUUCGAUUCGACACAGUUUCGCGAUCGUAUCUCUCUCUUGCUGGAAAGCUUUGCCUGCGCCUCGCCGCACAAUCUCAACUCGAAAAAGGCGACGAAACGUGUAUUUCGAUACCAUUCAACUUACGAUAUUACAACUUAUUCUAGUAUUUCGAGUAUUCCACACCUCGAAGAAAAUAAUAUUAUUUAUAUAACGAAAAUCUUAUUUCGAAAUUUAUUAUCGAAAAGUCGAUCCCUUCUAUCACUGUUUCCAAUAAACUGGUCGUUACUCCACGAAUUGAACUACAUUUACGCGAAGUUUCGCAUAAAUUACCAACUGCUCAUUUACAUCGAACCUGUUUACAUGGUUCGAGUAAUCUAUUGGACGUGUUUUGCGAUCAAGCGUGAUUGCUUGAUCACUGAUGCGACAAAUUCGGAAUCGACCAGACCCCUAAUUCCGUCCUCCCGAGGGCAGAUACCACGAAAUCAAGGCUAUAUACUUGCUCGUCCUUCUACCACCGGUUAAAAAUCUACGAUUCGAUAUCUCGAUUUUUAAAAAUCUCUCAUUCGAGCGAAGGUAUUUCGUUUUCGUGUCGAUACGCGAAUAUAAAUUGUUUCCAUUUAUAGAACGGAAAAUAUUUUGAAUUAUUCAAAGUUACGUUACACGUCUACGCGCUCGUACGUUCGAUCCAUUAUUCAUCAUCGAGUAGAUUUUGAAAAAAAGAAUCCCUCCCCGUUAAUAAAAUUAGCAGAUAAAUCGAAGUUGAACGAUAUCGAAUAUCUGGAAAAUUGUUGGCGAAGAACUGGUCCGAUCGAGAAUAAUGGGAGAAAGAUAGAGGAGGGACUUUUGCACGACAAGAUUAUCGUUGCAUGGAUCGCGCGAUAUUUACCGUUUGCUCGAUCUUUAUUUCGUUCGGUUAGGAAGUGUGUCAGGGUGAUCGGCACAAUGAGCCUCGCGCUCGUUAAUGGGAUGGAAAUUCGAUCGUCUAGGGGACCAUUUUCCCCUGGUUUCAGCCAACUGGUUAAGGUCUAAGUUGGUCAUUGACUGGCAACACGUCCCUGGACGAGGUCAAUACACUCGAGUUGCAACGCGUCGCGAACCUUAUUGGCCGACGCUCCAGAUGUUGGAACGGUUUAUAUAUUUACCGCAACGAGCCGAUUUAUUCGCCACUCUCGGCUUUGUUCCCGUGAAAUGGCAUCGCGUCGCGCGUGGGAGAAUCAUAUUAUAUACGCCCGCUCGUUUCCUAUCCAAACUUUGCCUCGAUACUUACUUUCAACUCUUUCUACGAUUUCAUCCUCCACAUUUCUAAUUUCUUUCUUACAAUUCUCGAAACACUUUUGGAAAAUAUCCGAGAAGAAAAAUAAGGAUGGAGAGAAACAGCGUUCGACUAAUUCGGGUAAACAUUCCGAAUUAUAUUGAUAAAAGAAUCAUCGCGUGAUUUAGCAUUAGAUAAUAAAUAAAAACACGGUAAAAGGAGGAAUGAGAAUAAUGCAUGAUAUUCCCACCGUUAAGAUUAUUGGAAUUUCCGGAAAAUAAAUAUCGAGAUAAACUCAUUGAUGAUUUGAAAGUCAAAACACAGAUUAAUACGAUCGAGCUUGCUCGAUAAGUUUUACGUAAAAAGUGGAUAAAUUACGUAUUAAAUUUUUUUUUACUACCGAAAUGAUUAGUUAUCGCGAAACACGAACAGAAAUUACAUAAUUGUCGGAUUAUUUUCAUAAAUUUUACACGAGUCGUUCAAAAAAUAAUAAGCAACAUACGAGAUAUCCAACUUAUAUUGGAACGUGUUUAUGUAUUUUAUCGACGACGUUGUUGCUUUUUAAAAUUUAUAUAUUUGUACAUAAUGCGUAUUCGCGACGAAAUGAUAUAUAUUCAACUUCUCAUGAAGUGAGGUCAAAGUUUAACAAAGCGCGGUAUUAUAUGUCCCAAGAAGAAAUACAAUAUUCAAGAUUCAUUUCUUUAUAUUGUACUCAUUUCCUGUAUUCUUCGAGAUCUCCUUACCUUGUAUACCUUGUAUAUCCUUGUAUAUUGAUAAAUAGAAAAUCCAAUGCCUGAAAUUAUACGAGUAAUUAGGUAUUUUUCACACGAUUAUGCGCUUGAUGGUAAACCGUUCGGUUUCCUUACGCGUCGAGCAAUAAGUUGAAUCUAGCAAAUAAGUAGUUAGCCUUGGACUAACUUUACCGAUGAAUGUUACUUCUACUCGAUGUUCAUAAUCGAUGAAAAAUAUAUUUUAAAGGUGCGCGUCAUUACAAAAAUCCGUCCUCAUUCGUUGUGCGUCACUCAAAUUUGUGACGUUUCGUUAAAAAUUUAAAAUAAUUAACCCGAUAUGUAUAUUAUUAAACAAUUUUUCCCUAUAAACUAUAUUUAAAUAUUUAAUAGGAAAAACAAUGCACGAUAAAUGAUGUAAUAAUAUCGAGCCUCGCUCAAUCGCCAAUUUGAAUUAUUUUUUAUUAUUGAAAGAUAAUCGAAUUCUACAUUACGAUCCGAAACUGUAUUAAUCGAUUUCGAUAUUCUAUGCACCGUGACGUAUUAUUUGUCGAAGAAAAAGAGUGGAUACAAUCCGAUCGCGUUCUUACACGUUCGCAAUUUUAUAUAUUAGAAUUCAAAGUUAAUCGCCACGCUUUCUUCUUACGAACGAACGAACGAAUGGGAAGGAUGAAUCGUUGCGAACGGGUGCGAACAUUCGGAUAAUAAAACAUUCAACGAAAAAUUAACAAACAAGAGACACGGUUCGUUUUUGCAAAAGAUGGGGAAAGAAUAGCCGCGAUCGAUUGUUACAUAGUGUAUAAAGAAUUGUAGCAAUUGUAUAUCAGCGAUGUUGUGACACGAUGGUUCAUCUUUCUCUCUCUCUCUUUCUCUCUUUCUCUCUUUCUAUUUUAUUUAUUAUUCGAGGUGACAAUGCGGGUAGGAGGAACAAUAGAAAUCGAUAAUGAUUAUUGUUUCUUUACACCGGCCGAGUCUAUUAUAUUUUCCUAAUUGUUUUUGAAACUUUUGUAUCGUAAUUUUCUUUUUUAUAUAUAUAUAUCGCUAAUUUUAACUCACAAUUUCGUUUCUUUUCUUUCUUUUUUUUCCUCCCCCUUUUUUAUCAUUAAAUUAAUUAAUAACUUUCGAAUCUUUGUCUCUCUUUUGUUGCGAGUAUGAAAAGAACACGUGUACGAAUAUGAUUAAAAUAUUUUUAUAAAAUAACGAGACAACUAUUGUAUUUCGCUCGGAACAAUUAUGCGAACAAGAUCGAAUGAUCGUGGAGAAAUAAAUUGCUGAUUUAUUCAUACUUAUUCAUGAGAGGAUUCGCGAGAAUACAAUUUUUCAUCCGCUUCUUCUCCAAACUUACGUAAAAGAAAUCCAACAUGGUGGAAGAGACGAUCGACGCUGGAACGUGGAUUAACCGUGAUAGCGGUUUGCGCGGUGCUUUUAGCUAUCGGAUUUGCUAUCGCGUUCGGUGUUCUAGCUGCGAAUGUAGCAUCUUGCAACCUAUCAUCUAGAAACGAUCCUGUUAACUCAGAAGGAUUACCAUCCACAGCCAACGCUUUGAACGGAUAUCGACAGAAUAAAGAUAUCCAAGUCAUCGAUAGAGGACUCCCCUGUGACGAAGAUGUAUGCUAUACGCAAGAAUGCAUACAUACGGCUUCGAGAUUAUUAAAAAACAUGGACCGUGAGGUAGAACCGUGCGAUGACUUUUACGACUUUGCUUGCGGUGGUUUCCUAAAAUCUACCAUCAUCCCAGACGACAAGACCACUGUAAACACUUUUACCGGUAUCAGCGACGAGCUGCAGAACCAGUUAAGGACCAGCAUCGAGGAGAAAAGUCCCCCGAACGAGCCGAAACCGUUCAGACUCGUCAAGAAUUUGUACAAAGCUUGUAUGAAUAAGACGGUGAUCGAGCAACAAGGGUUAAAUCCUUUGUUGAAUAUUUUACGAAAACUUGGUGGUUGGCCUAUAUUGGAAAACCAAUGGAAUGAAACUGAAUUCAAUUGGAAAGAAUCGGUGUACAAGUUCCGUAAGAUGGGAUACUCAGUCGAUUACUUUAUCGAUUUUAGCAUCGGUGUUGAUUUGAAGAACAGCACGAAACGGAUAAUCGAUUUGGAUCAAGCUGCUCUUGGAUUAUCACGCGAAUAUUUGUCCAAAGGUUUCACUGAUAAAAUUGUACAAGCUUAUUAUAGCUAUAUGGUUGAUAUUUCAGUAAUUCUUGGAGCUAAUAGAACUGAUGCAGAAGUCGAAUUGAGAGAAUCGUUGGAAUUCGAAAUGAAUCUUGCCAAUAUUUCUUUACCAAAUGAAAAACGUCGGAACGCUACUCUUCUUUAUAAUCCCAUGACGGUACGAGAAUUAUCGAAAAAGUAUCCCAGUAUACCAUGGAAGGAAUACUUCAACACUCUUCUGGCGCCUAAGAUUCAAGUUGACGAGGAAGAAAUAGUGAUCGUCAGCGUUCCCAAUUAUAUUGCGAGCUUGGAGAAAUUAUUAGCCGCCACUCCGAAAAGAGUGCAAGCUAACUACGUGAUGUGGAGAGCAGCCGCCUCUUCUGUAAGCUAUCUCACGGAUGAAAUUCGUAAAAGACAAUUGCAAUAUUCCACGGCAUUAAGUGGGAAAACUGAGAGAGAACCUAGAUGGAAGGAAUGCAUUGAUACGGUUUCCGGUAGUUUAGCUAUAAGUGUUGGCGCGAUGUAUGUCAGGAAAUACUUCAAACAGGAUGCAAAGAAUAAUGCCGUGGAAAUGGUGGCUGAUAUUAGAAAAGAAUUCACAAAGAUAUUAAAAAAGGUUGAUUGGAUGGACAAAGAUACAAAAAGGAGUGCUCUGGACAAAGCAGCUAAUAUGUCUAGUCAUAUUGCUUAUCCCGAUGAAUUGUUAGAUGAUAGUAAACUCGAACAAUUCUACGAGAAAUUGGAAUUAACGACCGAUAAUUAUUUGGAAGAUAUUUUAAAUUUGACUUUGUUCGGCGUUGAAUAUUCUUUUAAUAAAUUGAGACAACCUGUGAACAAAAGUGACUGGGUCACUCACGGAAGGCCAGCUAUCGUUAACGCCUUUUAUUCGUCUCUUGAAAAUAGUAUACAAUUCCCUGCUGGUAUCUUGCAAGGUGCUUUCUUUAAUAACGAUCGACCAAGAUAUAUGAAUUAUGGCGCCAUUGGUUUCGUUAUUGGCCACGAAAUAACACACGGCUUUGACGAUCAGGGCAGACAAUUCGAUAAAAACGGAAAUCUGGUCGAUUGGUGGGCGCCGCAAACAAAGGAAAAAUAUUUAGAAAAAGCGGAAUGUAUUAUUCAUCAAUACGGCAAUUAUACCGUGGAAGAAGUUAACUUGAAUUUAAACGGUAUCAAUACCCAAGGUGAGAAUAUUGCAGACAAUGGUGGAAUAAAAGAAGCUUAUCUAGCGUAUCAAGAAUGGGUAAAGCGUAAUCAUGUAGAACCAAAAUUGCCAGGACUUCCUUAUAAUCCUCAACAAUUGUUCUGGAUUAGCGCAGCAAAUACUUGGUGCAGUAAAUAUAGACCAGAAGCGAUGAAACUCCGUAUUACAACAGGUUUUCACAGUCCCGGUAAAUUCCGCGUACUGGGACCUCUUUCGAACAUGGAAGAAUUCUCCAAGGAUUUUAAUUGUCCUUUAGGCUCGAAGAUGAAUCCUGAAAAAAAAUGCGCCGUUUGGUAAAAAUCAAUGUAAUGGAAGAACAAAAGUUGUAGGAGAAUGAUAACAAUGAAAUUUAGAAUCUCUUUAAAAUCUCAGCAGAGGAGAAGGAAAAGGAAGAAGAAACAUUUGAGGCUGAAACAGUUUUCCUCUGCACGUUCCAUUGAAACCGACGAUCUGAUUCGAUCAAGAAAAAUUGUUACAAAUAAAAUUUCCCCAUAUCUUGAUUGUCGAAGAUCUUGGUGGAAUUCAUAGAAGGAACAACGAUAGAAGUGAUAAUGCUUCGAUAGUAGUGAAAAUCUGAUUUGAAGACAUGAUCGUGUUCGAGAAAGAUCUCACUAAGACAUCCAAAGAGAUUCACGUUCAUAAAUUGACUUAUAAUUGAAUUAUACGGUGCAUAUUACUAAUAUUGUUCGUUAAUAUAUAAGUCCUUUUUUAUAAGAUAGACGUCCGAGUUUCGAUAAGUAUUGUAAAUAAAGAAAGACCGGGAAACGAGAUGGCGCGUCACGACGAUUUAAAAUUUUCUAUAAUUAUAUUUUAGAAAAUCGAGUAAACUCCUAUAUUAAAGAUUCUCUGAAUCAUUGAAAAAAAAAAAGGAUGAAGAUGGAUAUAUUUAAACUGUGAUGAUUUUAUAGAAGUCGACAAUAAAAUAAUGAAAAAGAUUUUUUGCUUUAAGUUGUAUGAUGACGCGCAAACAAAAAAAUAUAUAGAAUUAUAUCGUUAAUUAUAUUUUCAAGUAACACAUUGUUUUAUUGAUAAACAUAUAUUAGACAAGAAAAUUAAUACAUGUUUUUUGCUAUCUGUAUAAUAUUCUUUAGGCUCCGUUGAGCAAUAUAAGGUUGUUGAAUAGUUACCAUUUCGAAGUACUUAGAUAAUAUAGUAUUAAUCAUAAUAAUUUUUAAUGUACAGGUGGUAAAAGAAAAAAAAACACCUGUGUGAUUACUUUUGUACUGUUUUAUUUUGUCUUUUUGCAUCUAUGUAUCACUUAAGCGUUAAUUUGUAUCGUAAUUUCUUUGUUUCUGGAUUGCAAUCACCAGAUGCAUAAGAAUUUAAUAAUCAGAAUCGGCGAUAAUAAUUAUAUUUAUUGAUAUAUCAUAUCAUUUUAGUUUAAACAGAUAAAUGUACUCAGUAUAUUUGUUUAAUAUAAAAUUUUAAUAUAAAAACAUAGAAAGAAUAUUGCGUCUUAAAUUAAAUAAUCGACUUAAAUAAAAAUUUUUUAUACGUUAUAUAAUACUAGAUAAAUAAAUGGAAUAUUAUAUUGAAAAUAUAAUAUUUCUACUUCUUAUAUUAAAAAUUAAGAAAUAUUGUAAUUUCGAAAAAGAAAUUAUAAAAGUUCAAUCGAUAUAUUCCAUUUAUGAUCACGAAAUAUAGAUAAAAAGAAAAAAUAAAUAAAAAAUAAACAAAAACAGAGACGGAAUAAAAAUAUUGAAAUCAACGCCAUCUUCAGAGUGUCGCAAUGAUGAAUAUAGAAAGGAUAGCAAAUGAUAAAAGAGAGAUAAAGAUAAAAUAAGAAUUGAUCAUCAGAACCAUCUAUUGAGUAGUAAAGACAUUGGUUUAUAAAGCAAAUUCUACGAUGAAAUGAUAAAAAUGAACGAAUAUGUAAUACGUAACAAAAAAAGUCCUAUCGUAUGGCGGAUGAAUAUAUAUUGCGCGAACGUAUAGGUCAAAAAAAAUAUUUUAUCUUGUAAUAUAACACAUAACGCGUACAAUUGAACUUUUCUAAAAAAUGAAAAUGAAUUUUCCAUAUAAAUGGCUGUUUUUUUUUACAUAUAUUAUUUUGAAUUACAUUUUUACAUUUUUUUCCACAUUUUUUUUUUAUACAUGAUAAUUACAUAUUUACUGUUAAUAAUUUUUAAUUAGAUAAAUAUUGGCGAGAAAUAUUUAUAUACAGAAAUCUUUAACAAAUAUUUUAAAUUUCAUUCAAUUAAAUGUCAUAAAUUCUAAAAGCAACGAAAAAAUAAACAUUUUAGAAAAAGUGUUUUUUAAAACAUGCAUUUUUUAAAAUAUGCAUAUUUUUAUAAUAAUAAGAUAUAUCUAGAGUUUAAAAAAUGCUCAUCAAUAUUAUUUAAUUUUGAUUAAAAAAUAAAUUUAAAAAUAGCACAGUCAUUGCAAGGCAUGAAUUUCAGUGUUCAAAUCUUUGAUGAUUCAUCUUUUGUGCCAAAAUUUUCAAAACAUUGAGGAAUAUAACAAUUUGGACAAAUCGCAAAGGAUGGCUUUGUUUUUUUUUUUAUGAUCGGUAUUUCAGAAAAUAGGAUAUAAAUUUCUAUAAAAUAUUGUUUAUCUUACAAUUGAUCGGUGCCGCAUGAUUUGAUAAACACAAACAAAAUAGAUUAAUCCAUUGAGGUACGGCGCCACCGAUCAAGAACUAUGCGUUGAUAAAGUAGACUAAUCGAUUGGUUGCAACGUUGCCAUUUCUAUCGAGAACUCCUAGUAGUGGAUAGUAGGGGGUUAGUAGUGGAAUUACAAAUAUUCGGUGACGUUUUGGUGCGGGACGAAAGUGAGAAAAAAAGUAAAAUCGGGAGAAUACAAAUUUGGAUCGUCUUACUACACGACGCGUGAAUCAUGUGUCUGUCUGACAUCGUGAUUCCAAGGUGGCAUCUUAGCACCUUGAUGUCUUUAUUUGCGGCAUUCCUGCCAAUUACGCAAUAACCAGUCUUCACGAUGUGGAACACUUCGUAUAAGGACCGCGCGUGACUUCAUUCGACAGUUUUAUUUCUCGAUGGUUAAUCGUGGACAAACUGUGCGUUCAUUUAUCUGAUCGAGAAUACUUGAUAUCUUAAUGCCGAAAAUUCCCUCAAAUUGGGAUUUCUAAUGGAAACGUUCGAUUUGACGACGACGCUUCUUUGUGUUCAAGGUUACCAACAUGAGCUUUUGGUCUCGCAGACGAUUUCGCAUCACUCCGCUACGAGCGUUGGCGGCAUUAUUUCUGAUGAUCAUGUUGUUCUGGUAUAGUCUCAGUCGGCAAGAAACACCCAGGCAACCAUGCAGCGUACCUGAGGAAUUUACGGAAAAACUACACGAACUUGCCUACAGGUCCAUAUAUUUGGGUACUAGAUACUGUCCGUAGAUAAAUUAUCCAAGUGUUGAUAUUUCUAUUUAGUAUGUAGUUGCAUUUAUGAUACGAUAGUAUGUAAAAUUCUAAAGAAUCGCUGAUCAGAUUUUUUUAUUCAUAUCGUGCAUGUUCACACGAAAUUACUUUAUAAAGUAUUUUUCCACAAUUAUAUGAAUCUAUGUGUCUUAUAUAAUUAGAUUGUGGAUUUUUAUGCAAUUAAAAUUUGUGUUUAAAUAUUCAUCAUAUACACGUAUACACGUAUAAGAUCAAGAGAAAAUAAAAGAAAGCAUGUCAUUGAAA